AUGCGUUUCACUGCCGCCACUGUUGCCUUCUUCGCCGGCCUUGCCGUUGCCGCCCCUGGCGCCGCUGACCAGACCGUCUACGAGACUGACGAGGUUACCAUCACCUCCUGCGCUCCCACCGUCACCGACUGCCCCGGCCGCUCCACCGCCGAGCCCACCGGCACUCCCGCCGUCCCCUCCAGCGUCGGUGCCUCCGAGACCCCCGCCUGGUCCGAGACCCCUGCUGUCUCCUCCGAGACCCCUGCCUGGUCCUCCGAGACCCCCGCCUGGUCCGAGACCCCUGCUGUCUCCUCCGUCCCCACCUGGGCCCCUAGCGCCAGCGCUCCCUCCAGCGUCGGCGGCUGGGCUCCUAGCUCCAGCGCCCCUGCUCCCGCUCCCCCCGCGGUCACCUCCGCCUCUUACACCGUGACCGCCAUCACCACCUGCAUGCCCACCGUCGUCUACUCGACUGUCCCCGUUGGCCCUGCUCCCUCCGGUGUCUCCCCCACCGGCCCCGCUGGCGGCAACGGUGGUGGUGUUCCCCACGCUCCCUCUGGCACCAAGGGCGUUACCUCCGGUACCGCCGCUGCCUCUCCCUCCGCUUCCCCCGCCUUCAACGGCGCUGGUGCUCUCAGCGGCUCCCUCGGCUUCGCCGGUGCUGCCGCCGCCGCUGCCUUCUUCCUCGCAUAA